UGCCUCCGCCUGGUUUCACAAGAACGGGCGAGGGAGAGGAGAGGUGAGAGGGAUGCAGUGGAUUAUCUGUCGGUAAUAAUCAAGAGAAGAAUGACCAUGAAAAUACAUCUUAAAAUCUGUCUCCAGGUCAUUUUGUGUCUUUGGUCUGAACAAGUGCUUCGGGAUGUGGCUGCAGGCAUGAGUCCAACGUCUCAAAUGACUGGCUCAUCUGUCUCUGAUGCAAACCUGAUGUUUGAGUUUUUGCUGGGCGGGGUUGAGAUUGACCGGGACAACAACAUCGUCCUGCUUGAUAAGGAGAUGGCAUCGAUGAGACCAGGGCGGAUGUUCCUAUCUCAGAUCAAUGAUAACAUUCCCAGAGGUCUGGGCUCCAUGAUGCAGAUGGUGAAGACACUGAAGGAGCAGAGGAAGAGGCCACUGACUCAGACACAGUUUAAGAUUCUUGUCCUGAGCAUGGUGUACUCUGCCCACCAGGCCUGGCAUCAGGAGAAAAAAGAGGAACGGGAGGCCUGGGCUGGAGUGCUCCUCCAGCUGACCAACGUUACGGUCCACGAACUACGAGGAAAUUAUUUCUUCAACUAUGCUUGAUACACUGACUUCCUGUCUGUAUGAAAUUAAAGGAACAUGCAAGAAAAUAAAUCACUUGCCUUAAA